AUGGAAUUGGUGGUGGAAACCACCGCGUCAUCCUCUUCCUCCCUUAAACCCCACGACGGCGGCAGUACUAGCAACAAUAAUACAGCUGCUAGCAGCAAGAAGGCCACCAGCAGCCACGGCAGCAACAACUUACUCCGGCGGUGGGAGUGGGACAUGCUGACGCGUUUCCACGCCGGCUACUUCCGCAUCAGCCUGGCGCUCAGCGGGCAGGCGCUGCUGUGGCGCACGCUCAUCAGCGACUCCGCCGCCGUCGUCUCCUCCUCCUCCUCCUCCAGCGGGCACGGGCCCCUGCUGCCCCUGCUGCCCUCCGUGGCGUUCCUUCUCCUUUGGUCGCUGGCGCUGUUGGCCCUGCUCGCGCUCGCCGCGCUCUACGCCGCGCGCUGCCUGCUCCGCUUCCCCGCCGUGCGCGCCGAGUUCCGGCACCACGUGGCCAUGAACUACCUGUUCGCGCCCUGGAUCUCCUGUCUGCUGCUGCUGCAGUCGGCGCCGUUCCUGUUCCUGCGCCCCAGCGCGCCGCCCUACCACCUGCUGUGGUGGGCCUUCUCGCUGCCCAUCCUCGCGCUGGACGUCAAGGUCUACGGGCAGUGGUUCACGCGCGGACGGAAGUUCCUCUCCAUGGUGGCCAACCCGGCCAGCCAUAUCACCGUCAUCGGCAACCUCGUCACGGCCAGGGCGGCCGCCAGGAUGGGCUGGCACGAUGGCGCAGUCGCCAUCUUCGCCGUCGGCGCCGCGCACUACCUCGUGCUCUUCGUCACGCUCUACCAGAGGUUCCUCGGAUCCGACUCGCUGCCGGCCGUGCUGCGCCCGGUCUUCUUCCUCUUCUUCGCUGCGCCCAGCAUGGCGUCGCUCGCCUGGGGCGCCAUAUCCGCCUCCUUCGACACCUGCUGCAAAAUGCUCUUCUUCCUCUCCCUCUUCCUCUUCGCGUCCCUCGUUUCCCGGCCGACGCUGUUCAAGCGUGCGAUGCGUCGCUUCAGCGUGGCGUGGUGGGCCUACUCGUUCCCGCUGACGCUACUCGCGCUGGCGUCCGCGGAGUACGCGCGGGAGGUGCGGCAGGCGGCGGCCAACGCGCUGAUGCUGGCGCUCGCCGUGCUGUCCGUGGCAGUCACCCUCGCCCUCAUGCUCUUCACCGGCCUGCGCACCGCCGAACUGCUGCCGCACGACGACCCCUUCGACUGCCCGCAGCUGCCCCAGCUGCUCGUUCCUCCUAAUGUGCGAUAG